GAUCCCCAUGUUUCUUUAUCCACAUCUCCUGGGGACCUUCGUGACAAGAUGACUUCUAAAAUUGCUCAAAGUUUGAAGCAGCCGGCUCUGGACUUCCUGUCCUUUGUCAAUGCGUCUCCUACCCCGUUCCAUGCCGUUCAGUCGGCAAAGGAACUCCUUGCCAAGGCUGGCUUCCAGGAGAUCAAGGAGAAGGACUCUUGGGCGUCAACCUGCCGGCCUGGUGGAAAGUACUACUUGACCCGUAACCAGUCCACCAUCAUCGCUUUUGCUGUCGGCAAGAAAUGGAAGCCGGGUAACCCCAUUUCGAUGAUCGGUGCUCACACCGAUUCCCCCGUCCUGAGAGUCAAGCCGGUCAGCAACAAGCGCGGGGAAGGAUAUGUCCAAGUCGGCGUGGAGACUUAUGGAGGCGGCAUCUGGCACACCUGGUUCGACCGUGAUCUGGGUGUUGCAGGUCGGGCUAUGGUCCGCAAUGGCGACGGUUCAAUUGUGCAGAAGUUGAUCAAGAUUGACCGACCCAUUCUCCGCAUUCCCACUCUGGCCAUUCAUCUGGACCGCCAGGAGACUUUUGCCUUCAACAAGGAAACCCAGCUGUUCCCCAUCGCUGGUCUUGUUGCUGCUGAGCUGAACCGUACCGGUGCCUCCGAGGAGACUGACAAAGCGGCCAAGGAAGCCAACGAGGACAAGGGCGACUUGUCUCCUCUGAAGGCCAUCACCGAGCGCCACCACCCUUACCUGGUUGAGCUUAUUGCUGCCGAAGCCGGUGUCAAGCCCCUCGAUGUCCUUGACUUUGAGAUGAUCUUGUUCGAUACCCAGAAGUCGAACCUGGGUGGACUGCUGGAGGAGUUCAUCUUUUCGCCUCGCCUGGACAACCUGAACAGCUCUUUCUGUGCCACCGUCGGCUUGAUCGACUCUGUGGCUGACUCCUCAGCGUUGGACGAGGAACCCGCUAUCCGUCUCAUUGCACUCUUUGACCACGAGGAAAUCGGAAGCCGCACUGCUCAGGGUGCCGACUCGAACAUCCUCCCCUCCGUCAUCCGUCGCUUGUCCGUGCUCCCGUCGACGGCCGGCGCUAGUGACGACAUCGCCACUGCUUACGAGCAGACCUUGUCUACGUCUUUCCUACUGUCUGCUGAUAUGGCCCAUGGAGUUCACCCGAAUUACACGGCCAAGUAUGAGAACGACCACCGGCCCCAAAUCAACAAGGGCCCUGUUAUCAAGAUCAACGCCAACGCGCGCUAUGCGACCAACUCGCCCGGUAUCGUUCUUCUUCAGGAAGUCGCUCGCAAGGCUGGGGAAGAUGUUGGCGAAAAGGUUCCCCUGCAGCUGUUUGUUGUCCGCAAUGACUCCAGCUGCGGAAGCACCAUUGGCCCAAUGCUGUCCGCGGCGCUUGGCGCUCGGACAUUGGAUCUGGGUAACCCCCAGUUGAGCAUGCACAGUAUCCGUGAGACGGGAGGUACCCUCGAUGUGGCACACUCGAUCCGUCUGUUCACUGGAUUCUUCAAGCACUACGCCAGUCUUUCCAAGACGAUCUUUGUUGAUUAGAUGGAUAAGUCUACGGGUGGGUGAAGGUUAUACAAGAAGCAUAAGAAUACCUAAGAUGCAUCAUUCUGGAAUAAUUCCUGAAAAUAAGCAAAC